UUCGUAUCGACCUAGAUGACAUAUUCCGUGCGUAUAGCGCAAGCGAAGGACAAGCAUACGUAAAGUGGCACGGAAAAAUUAGAAUCAUCGUCGACCUUUCCGAAAAUACUUCAACUGAAGUAAGGAUCCACGUUUGGCACCGAAACUGUCUAACUCGUAGAUGAAGCUCCUCCCCCUCCCUACCACUUCCGGAAUGUUUGAGCGCUGUCCUCGAUUCCGGAUUCUGGUGAUAGGAAAGGUUGGCGUUGGAAAGUCAUCACUGAUUGACCACGUUUUUGGAGUAGGCACAAACACGACCGUUGCGCACGAUCAGCGAGGCAAGGCCAACAUUGACACACAGUUUACCUCACCGCACAACGACAGGCUCGUUCUCCACGACAGCAAAGGUUUCGAACCAGGGGAAGAAGACAACCUCGAACUUGUCCUAGAUUUUAUUCGCCGUCGGAAAGCAAUGCCUGAUAAAGAUCAGCUGCACGCUAUUUGGCUUUGUUUUCAGACACCUUUUGCAGGCGGACGUUUCCUAGAGACGGGGGCCGAGGAAUUCUUGACAUGUAAACGUGAUGGAAGACUGGGAGACAUUCCCGUUAUCGUGGUUCUUACUAAAUACGAUAUGCUCGUUGAUGACAUAGAGCUAAAUCUAGAUGACUCUACCGAUGGAUUGAGCGACGAAGCCAUCAAGGAACUUGUCAAGGACAAAGCAGAUGUCGAGAUUCGCGAUAAUUGCAUUAUACCUCUAGAGCGAUUUGCAGGGUCUGAUAUUCCCCAUGCUACGAUAUCCACUAAAGCUGACUACAAGGAGACGCUCGCCGGCCUAAUCCAACUAACUGAAAAGCGCGUCAGCAAGCAUUCUACGCCUGAGGCUGGGGUGAUGACCUCCAUUGCUCAGCGGGUGGAUUCUGGACUCAAAAUACAGGCGUUGAUUAAGGUUGGCAAAGAAAGAUAUUGGAAGGCGCUUCGAUCAGGCCCAUCAUUCAAGAACUGCCAGAUGUGGGAUUGUCUGGAUGUGCUUCACACUGACAUAGUCGAAGUAUGGAACUUCCGUGACCCUCACAAGUACUUGCGCAGUCAAGAGUUCAGGAAAUUGAUAAUAGACAUGGUCGACGGGACACAAGUUGGACCGAUAGCUGAUCCCGACAAAACCGUAACUACUGGAUUCUCCAUGGUUGGCACUGUCGCAAGCGUCCUGGCGGGACCUGCGGCUCCUGUCGUGGUACCAAUCGCAGCAUGUGUCGUAUUUGGUGCAUGGGUUUAUGAUAUAUACCAAACAUCUGACGUGGUGCUUCAGCGCUUCAUGGCCUACAUCGCCCACCUAGCGCUUGUGUCGCGGACACUUUUUAUCGUGUCAGAAAGCCAAGAAGUCACUCGUAGGGCCAUCAAACUCGCAGUUGAAGUCUACCUCACCUCUCCAAUGUGCGGAGAAGUUGUUAUUCGAAUUCAGGAUCAUAUUCGGCAAUUGAAAGUCUUGGAACGCCGGGAUGGCGAUACCUUGAACAAGAUUGAAGAGGUGGUACAAUUUUAUAAGAUCGAUGCGGCAGAAAUUUCCAAACAUCGGGAAAAGCUCCAUGGACAUUUGGUGGACGAAUCAUGGUAAAUCGAGAAGUGGUAGCACCUGAUUGUUUCUUGAAUGAUUUUGCGCGUGGGUAGUGUCAGUGCUGGCACGAUUGCAGACAGUGCUCGCUUGCACUAUACAACUAGAUUCAUGGCCGAUCAUAACAAUGUAACCUAUGUCAUACUGUGUUUUAUUAA